AUGCCGGACUCGCUCGUCAAGUUGUCGUCCGCCAGGCCAACUGUCCUGCGGCUGGUACUAUCGGCUACUUUAGUCUAUGCGAUAUUGAUAGUAGUAUGGAUGAUAUCUAGUCAACAGUACUUCUUUUCUACGUCCGAACAAGUGGAGGCAGAAGCUCAUGCGACAACCCUCCAGAGCCUUUCACUCGAAGUAUUGGAGACAGAGGCCCCUACAGCAACCGUCAAGAACGGUUCGCGUGAAGCAUUGGAGACACGCCAAUUCAAGUGCAUCGGAUGGAGAGCCACGCACGGCUGCAGUGCAGACGGAGCUCGUGAUGUGGCGAAUGACAAAGUGUGCGACGAACGGGUCGAACACACUGCGUCCGGCUACUGUGAGAUUGAAGACGUCCAGAACGGUGAGAGGUUCCGUGUCAUGCAGCGUGGGUGUGGCACAAUUGACCAAGUGGUGGAAAAAGUCAGUGCAACUGGUCUUAGUCUGCUGAACAGCAAUCAAACCGAGGCAGUACGGGCAGGUAUUGUCAUGGUUGUGUACCCGAAACUCCUAGCAGGCGCAUAUGCUUCGAUUCGCACACUGAGAGAGGUGUUGCGUUGUCAAUUACCGAUCGAAAUCUGGUUCCGACCGGACGAGAUGCAGAAUGUGCCUGCUGGGCUCAAGCAAUUAAAAGAGGCUGCAAAGGUGGAUACAAUGGAUGGGGUCACAUUUCGAGCAAUCGAUGAUUUGCGUGCGGUUCGUUUCGCAGCUAAGGUGCAUGCGAUUUACAAUAGCGCUUUCGACCAAGUGCUGUUCCUGGAUGCGGAUAACGUUCCAGUGCGUGAACCGGCUUUUUUAUUCGAGUCUGAAGAGUUUGUGAGAACUGGAGCUGUGUUUUGGCCGGACUAUUGGCACCCGCAGAACAGUAUCUUUCACCUCGUCAAAGACUCAUUGUUGGGCCAAAUGCUGGAUAUGCAGUACGUUGACAUGUUCGUGCAGGAAAGUGGCCAGCUCUUGAUUGAUCGAAGACGCCACGCUGCUGCCAUGGUGCUCGUACACUUCUACGCUUCUCAUACCCCUGACCUAUUUGAGCGUCUCGAUCUGGUGUGGGGGGACAAAGACCUUUUUCGAUUCGCGUGGAUCAAGCUAAAUGCGUCGUUUUCUAUGGUUCAAACUUUAGCUGCAGUCGCUGGCAAGCUUGUGAAUGAGUCAUUUUGUGGUAUGACGAUGGCUCAACACGAUUUUGGUGGAAACGUGCUUUUCCUUCACCGCAAUGCCAACAAACUGACUGGGCGACGACAACGUUACAACGUGAAUCACGUGUUUGGUCCUCUAGAACCCGACAACCUACCGGAUCCAGUUAUUUGGACGCAUCUGUGGUCAUUUCGAAACUCGUCGCGUCGGAAUGAUUACAGGAUUGAGUCAUACAGAGCACCUCCAGAAUUUCCCGUGUGGCAACGGUGUUCGGGCAAGCGCCACCUUCAUGACAACGUGCUGUUUUCCACACAGAAAUUCGCAGACCUGAGCUUUUCUGGACUUGAGACGCAUCUCAGGCGUUUCGCCAUGGAAGGCGUCCAACAGCUGCGGAGAUUUCAGGCUGCAAUGAAGAACGGAACACACUGGGGUGUGUGA